ACUCUCGCUCGUCUCUUUCAUUCCUGUUCCCUGAAGCGGGGCUUUGCCCGUCUGCCCACCGCGCUGCGCCAAGGACCGAAGAAACUGCCUGCCUCCUGGCCAUUGUUUUUCGCUGAGGAACCCGGGAAGCGGAGAAGACGGAAAUACUCGUGAGUUGACUUGCUACAUCUGCUGCCUGGCCUAGCUGAUAUGCUAAUUGAUCAUACACCUGCACACAGUUGUGGUCUGUUACAGGUACUGGUUCUAUUAUUCCUAUGUUGGGCAGUCUCGUAUUUGUUCGGCAUUGUUCUGCGCCGUUCAUGCUCUCCUCUGCCGUCCCCAAUUCAUUAUUUCUUCGUUCUCUCCCGCAACUCACCCGCGCCGCCUGACGAUUCUGGACCGAUGGCAGUCCCCUUGCGCCCCCAAAUUUUGCUCCCGAUCCCACAUUCCGCAGACAUUUCCUUUUUGUCUCUCCUGUUUCCCACAGCAGGAGCCGUGGGGGAACGGAUUCCCGCUCCUGUUUUGGGGAUAGGCUCAACGCCGCUGGUCACCACCUCCCAAUUUCGGACAAACUCGCUCCACCCCGUCUGUCUCUCCUUUACGCUUUCCCGCGCGGACAGGGUCCGAGGGAAUACAGCACAUCGCAGGCUUCGGUUUGCCAACUUUGAACUCCUCAACUUACUGAUUUUCCCUGCCAUUCUAGUUACAUCUCGUUGAUCGUGCUUGGCUCUCUCGUCACCGGUUUGCCUGUGUGGGUGACAUUGCUACAGCGGUUCGGGGAGCUUCCGUAACCUCUCUAAGCAAAUGGAAAGUCUAAAUCUG